AUGUCGGCGCUCAACGGCGCACCGCCCGACACGACUGCCCCGGGUCACGCAGAUACAUCCGUCACCAAGGAUGGCUUCAAGAUCACCACGCGUAAGCUUCCAAUCUUGAAAGCCGGACCGAUCGACGAGAUGACGAAGAAGUUGGGAAUUGCGCCGCCAGAGAUGAUAUUCGGGGACAACUUCAUGCGCAUCGAGCAUACGCCCAGCGGCUGGCGCAUAGAUUUCAACGCCUUCGAUGCGCUGGAUCGCGUCGACAAGACGGGAGACUCUAUGCUGAAGGUGUCCUACUCGAAGGAGUGGCAGCAGAAUAGACAAAAGCAAUUCGAGGACAUCAAGGAGGUCGUCAAGCCCUUCGAUUGGUCCUAUAGCACCGACUACAAAGGCUCAACCCCAGAAACACCUGCCCUCCAACCCACCGAUGCCCCGAUACCGCUCGCUCUGCUCAAGCGCCCCGACCCGAUCCAAUUCUUCGACGACGUCAUGCUCUAUGAGGACGAGCUCGCGGACAAUGGUAUCGCCAUGUUCUCUUGCAAGGUUCGCGUCAUGCCUGCAAGGCUUCUGCUCCUAGCUCGUUUCUUCAUGCGGUUAGAUGAUGUGGUCUUUCGAAUACGAGACACCAGGGUUUUCGUCGAGUUUGCGACCGGGGAAGUGAUAAGAGAAUAUACUGCAAGAGAGGAGAAAUAUGAGACGGUGCGUAAGACACUUGCAGGUACUAGGGAGGAUGUGCUCGCUAUCAUGAGAGACCCAAAUCGCUUGGCCGAGUUCAUACCCGUGAUUGAGAAGUCUUCGGAUAGCAUUGUUUUGAAAUGA